UAAAUCGAAUAAACAGUGUUUUUGUUUUGCUAGUCAUUCAUUCAACCACAACGUCAAAAACUGACAAUAACGUAAUCAUUCGUUCUUCAGUUUGUCACCAAGUUUACUCGCAGAGUUCCGCAGAAAAAUAUCUAAAAAUGGCCACUGAAGUGGAGGACACAAUCAAGAGAAUUCAAGCCCAUAAAGGUGUUAUGGGUGUCAUCAUUGUGAAUCACGAAGGUAUACCUAUUAAAAGCUCGCUGGAUAAUGCAACCUCUGUGCUAUACUCCGGCCUGAUUGGUCAGCUCACUGAAAAAGCUAAGAAUGUUGUCCGUGAAAUGGACACUACAAAUGAGCUGACAUUCUUACGUGUGAGGAGUAGGAGACAUGAGAUACUGAUCGCACCUGAUCGUGAAUUCAUACUCAUUGUCAUACAGAACACGUCUGAUUAGCUUCACAGUACACCAUAUUGAAAAAAGAGGCCUUUAAACAACAAGGAAAAAUAUGGUUUAUUUUACUACUAAACUCAGAUAAAAAAAUACUUAGAAGUUGUAACACCCUAAAAUUUACACUAAAUUACUUCGAUUUUUGUUUAAAGAAUUUGGCCUCAUGCACUUGUAGACUCAUUUCUUGUAACUCUUUAGCCAUGAAAAAUAAGGGACAUCAUAUUUAGUAUGUAUUUGCACUGUGGUACGUUAAAAGUGUAAUUUUUGCAUGUGUAUUGUGUUAACUUCUCAAAUACUACAAAAAGGAGGGAUCUUAAAGUAGGUGUAGUUAUCGGCACGAAUCUUGAGCUCUGACCUUCGCCUGCGCAAGAAGUAAUUUAUUGGGUCCCUUUUGUGGGAUGAAGUGAGGCGCGGGGGCGGGCUAAAGCGGUGAUUGGCCCGCAGUACAUCGCGUCAUAGCCGUCACUCGGGAUUGGUUUUUUGCUAAUAAAUCACAAAGAUGUAGGUCAGAGCUCAAGAUAACGUUCGUUCGUGCCGAUAACUAUAAUUAGUUUUAACCAACUUCCCAAAAAGGAGGUUCGCAAUUCAUGUUCUAUUUCUUUAAGUGAUAAUGACAAGUCUACAGAAUUAUUUCAAUCAUACUGAAUCUUAACAGUUGCUUCGUAUGUAUAAGUUAUUAAUUGUCGACUUAAGUUGUAAUUUUUUAUUAGUGUAGGGAUAACAUAACUUUAUUUAAGAAUACGUUUUUCCAUGAAAAUUGAUUAUUUAUGUAUUGAAAAGUCAAAAAUCAUAUUAUGUACUUCUUUGAAGUUUAUCUAUGAUUUUUGACUGAGAUUUUUUUAUGUAAGAACACUAAUAAAUAUUUAUACACA